AUGUGGUUUGACUGGGUGUGGACAGCCGUGACUAUUAGCGGCAGCCAUGUGGUCGAUGAACUCACAUUGGAUACUAGGCUAAAGUACUGGGUUCUGUUACCUAUCUCUGUGGUCAUGGUGCUUGCGGGUAUAUUGAGGCAUUAUGUCAUGAGUUUGUUGAAUCCUAGCGUAAAGGGUACAGCUAGAGUCAAGCUUACUGAGAAUCAAUAUGUAUUGAAAGCCCAAGUUCUACUUGGUAACAAUUCCAGUUUAAGUGAUGAAGCGUUUGAAGUCCGCAGAGAAUACAUGGCUCAGUUGUUAAGCUCAGGAAAAUAUAUUGCACAGACCAAUGCAAAACCAGGCGAAGUUGUCAAUCCAUUCAGUGAUCCAAAUAUCUCAGAUGCUAUGAUGAACAUGGCUAAAGGUAACAUGGCUCAAUUUAUUCCACAAACUGUGUUGAUGUGGUGGGUCAAUCAUUUCUUUGCAGGUUUCGUAUUGAUGAAACUGCCUUUCCCUUUAACCAUUAGAUUUAAAGAAAUGCUACAAAGCGGUGUCAUGACUUCAGAUCUUGAUGUUCGCUGGGUCAGUAGUAUCUCGUGGUAUUUCAUUUCUGUUUUGGGUUUAAACCCAGUCUACAACCUGAUAUUAGCAGAACCUGAGGAAGAUCAGCUUGGAAUGAUGCAACAGCAACAACCAGAUCAGAUGAUGGGUGGCCCAGGAGCCCCUCAGCCAGAAGCUGUAAUGAAAGGUUUAGCUAACGAUCUAACAAUUGCACAACAUGAAAGCUGCUUUGAUAACAUAGAAAGCCGUAUUUUAAAAAUGUAUUCUUGA